CCCCCGACCACGCUCUAAGCCUCCAGCAGGUCCUUCGGCUGCGGCUCCCACACGAGACUUACUUCAAGUACAUGGUGUGCCUCGUCGGCCCCGGGCUGCGCCCCGCAUACCCCGACCUCUACAUUACGCCCGAUAUGUGCAUCCUCAUCCUCCCCAACACCGGCCACCCCAUGGCCGACCGUGAGGCGCUCCGCUCGGACCCCCCGUUUCCGUUCGGCAACUUCUACCACUGGUCCGCAUCGGACAUGCGGCUGGACAUCCGGGUUGUGAACGAUGGGCGAGACUACGGCGUUGGGCCAAGAACGACCUUGCCCGUGGGCCAGCAUGUGAAGAUGGUGGGUAUACAGAACCGGGACAUGUGGCUGAGUAGCUGCGCCAGGAAGGAACGGGAUGGUACGCAGCAUGUUGCGGGCGUACCUGUACAGGCGGAAGAGCGGGACUCUCAGCCUCUGCUCGUGGAAAGCAUGCGGCGCGAGCGCUCGUGCACGUCAGCGCAAAGUCCGUCCCCAGCUGUCAUAGUGAAGGAUAUAGGCUAUGUCGGGAUCAACGAGUAUGGGGAACUAGAGGUUUCGCUCGACGUCGGUGCGCACUUCAAGGGGGACACUGAUGUUCCGAACCGGAUGGAGUUUAUGCGGCAGCGCGACGCGCUCAUCAGGAUUAUCGAGGAGAGCAAACUUCUUGCAAAGAAAGCGCUUGAGGAUACCAAGUCAAUUAUUGCCGCCUGA